GUUAAGCAGCAGGCAGGAAGCAGUGGGCAGGGAGUCCAAAUGGAGAUGUGCUCUUUCGUGAGAGUGCCAUCUCCCAAAGUGUUGGGGUCCUCCAAAGCAUUAGGAUCUUCCCUCCAGCCAGGUACAGCUUACCCCUUAGAGAUGAGUGCCCUUGGAAAAGUGAGGAUGUCUGAGAGGAAAUCUCCCCUGAGCAUGGCGGUGGGAUUCGUCCAGGAAGGAAAGGGUGACUUAGGAGAGAGAAGAGUCUUCAUGGGAACAACAUCUCCUACGGAGUUAGGGCUCAGAGUGAGAUUAGGAAAAGAAGAUUCUUCAUGCACUAAUAAAUAUGAGGAGAGGAUAGCAUCAUCAGAAACAAAAUCUCCAUCAAGCAAAGGGCUUGAAAUGAGAUUAAAAAGACCGGAUAUUUCUAGGACCUUCAUGGAUGGGAGUAAUUUAGGAGUCAACAGGGUCUCAGCCCUACAGGAGACAAAACCUUCUCUGAGUAUGUUGCCAGGAAGGGUGGGUUUAGAAAAUGAGCGUUUUUUGGCAGGGUGUUGUCCUGGGAGGGUAAAACGGCCUCCACUGGGCAUGGUGUGUAAAAGUCCACGGGCUCUAGGGAGCAGGAGAUGUCCUGUGGCUGAUGACCUUGAAGGAUUAGGUGCUUCAAUGGGGAAGCAACUUGUUUUGGAUAUGGAACCUAGACAGGAACUGGAAAAAGAGUCCACCUGUGUGGUGAUGAAGCCCAGAGCAGAGAUGGAGCCUCCUGUGGAGGUGGACAUGGGGCUACCCCAACCAGAGGAUCCAGAUGAAACUAAUCCUACAGAUCUUCAUAUGGGCUUGGUGAUAGAACCAUCUGAGUGCCAGCUGGCUCAACUACAUGAAGAGCAGAAGGUGGCUGAGAACACUGAACUGGGAGUAGAACCUCCAGAUCUCAUCAGACCCAUAUACUCCGGGAAGUUUUUUGAUCGGAUGCCUUGCUGGCCAAGUGCAGGGAAAGUUCUUCCAAUUGGAUACAGAGUUGCAACAUGCUUGACUGAAAAACUUCCCAGGCUAAUGACCCCACCUGAGGCAAAAAAAUUUUUCAACUUCAGAUAUCCACCUGCUGGAGCCGAAAGAGUAUUUUAUGGCAGAGCAAACGACCCCCAAAUCGCACCGUAUUUGACACAUGGGAUAAGAUCUAAAAUUUCAAUACCGGCAAAGGUAUUGAUAAACCCACAGCCUAUUACAACAUUUCAACAGAAAAUCAAAGAUAAAAAGGAAUCAGUAUAUUUUAGCAAUCAACGGGCACCUUUAGGAAAAUCUCAUGAUCAGACGCCAGGAUUACCUAAAGGCUUGGAUGUACCUAAUACGACAUUUGGGACAGCCAUCAUCAGAGAAUUAUCCCUUGGAGAUGUGGUGAACCCACCAAAACCCUACGAAGAAGUAUUUGAAGAAGGACAGGCAGGACAUGAUCUGUAUGUUGUUUCUCACAAUGAUUAUUUUGUGGGAGAAGCAAAGAACCGAAAGUAUAACCCAUCAAGUUUCCAUAGGUUUAACUUGUACGGGGUCCCAACACCCCAUACAAAUGAUGGACGAAACAUGGCAAAAACUUUACAUUGGCUUCAUGAACUACAAAUGAAAAGAGGAGCAAAGAUUGAAUCCAAGAGAGCUGAUGAUUUCAAAGAAAAAUUUCAACAUAAACUUGGAAGAGUCCUAGAUCCCAUUGCAGAAACGAUGACUGUUCCCCCUGACCACACAUUUGGGGCUUGUCUCCGUCCUGACGAGUAUGGAGCUGGUGAUCUCAUUCACAGAAGACUUCCAGGCGAGUAUCUCCGAGGCAAGGACAGAGAGCGAGCCCUCAUUGCAGCCGCGAGACAUCACUUGAAGAAAGUUAACUACCAAAACUUUGACACUUUGCUGGCAGCCUUCAGGCACUACGAUAAGAAGGGAGAUGGGGCGAUAGAUAAAGCCGAGCUUCAGGAAGCUUGUAACCAGGCCAGCUUGCACUUGGAUGAGAAGCUCCUGGACCAGCUAUUUGGAUACUGUGAUGUGGAUAAUGAUGGGCUGAUUAACUACCUAGAAUUUGCAAAUUUUCUUAACUGGAAAGAUAAAACCCCCCUUAAGGAAGAAAGGAUCAUUAUUAAAGGCAGAAAACCAGAUUGUGCAAACCCUGUUGAGACUAACGCAGAAGAAUCUGAACCAGCUUUCCUGAUAAAGCCCGAAGAUAUCAUCUUAAAAGAACCCGGGAGCUCAGAAAAGACUCUUCGGACACUUCUGAGGCCAAGUGAUAAAGUUUCUAAUCACUACAAGACAACUUCUUCGGAAAUCGGUGCAGAUGUAGGUGCUGUGCUUUCUACUUGUCAUCCGAUCUUUGGUGUUCCAACCAUUCGUUCCGAUAUUCCUGCCCCUCGAAUUCGCCGCAUCAGCGACAGAACUAACUACGGCGAAGAUGGAAAUGCCUAUUCAUUGCUAUAUCCUACCAUCUUUGGCCAGAAAGGAGUGUUUGAAAGAGACUUCUUCAAGACCAGAUCAAAAAAGGAGAUUGCAGAGAUAUUAUGCAACAUAGGUGUCAACCUUUCUGAAGAUGAAUUUGAAAAUGUGUGGAAUCUUGCGUCAAAAAAACAUCACAGAGGAGAAGUUUGUGUUGAGAACAUCAGGAAUAUUCUGGAUGAGCUACAGCAUGCGGAGCGGACCAAGUGCAAAACAGCCGUGUGAUCUUUUUGGAGUUCAUUCAUUUAAACCAAAGGAUUGUUAAAUAUGUGUUCCUCUAAAAUGUUCAGUCUGUUCUGGUUUUAGAUAUUACAUUAUAUUCAGGAAUCACUGUGGGAGGGCUCAUAUGCCUGGAUUCAAUGCUAAUAAAUUAGAUUUUGGAUU